AUGAAAUUCCAGGGAAUUGAAUUCCGGGACAUGCACGACUUGAUCAACAAGGUGGACCGAUACGCAUCCUUGUUGAAAGAAGAGGUGCAGAAGAGGACGGCUUCAAAAGGGACUUACUAUCGGAAUCCCGUGGUCAGCUAUGCCGAAGUAGACGGCCCCACAAAGGCCGAGAGCGACGAAGUUGAGAUAAGCUCAGCCAAAGUUAGCAUAGACAAACCAUUCGUCUGCAAAGGACUUGUCAAGGCCAACAAUAAUCGCACAAAGAUUCCCGACGCCAUGUUUGCGUCUCGAGAAACGAAGGCCUACACUUUUGAUUUGACUAGGGCCGAAUCUAUCUUUGACCUACUAUUGACCGAGAAAAAGGUCAAAUUGUCCUUCGGUCAUAAAAUUCCGAAUCCCGAAGAGCUCAAAGGAAAGACGUUUUGCAAAUACGACAGUUCUUGGUCUCACAACACCAACAACUGCGUUGUUCUACGAGACGUCAUCCAGAAGUUGAUAGACGAAAAGAAGCUCCAAUUCUCGGAAAAGGCGGCUAUGCAGGUCGACUCCAAGCCAUUCCCUCCACCUGUCAUCAACAUGGUCAACGCUCAGCUCCGGGCCGAAUAUAGGGAAGUUCGUCGGCCAGCAAAAGGAAAGGAGGCGUUGGCCGAACUAGAGCCGGUACCGUGCAGUCGGUGCAAGUAUGAGAUCGGUCAGCUCAGACCGCCAGAGAACAAAAGAAAGGUCGCCGAGCCAUCUCAACCGACUAUGAAGAAAUUCGACGGCCAGUACGACCAUCGGCCAGCAAGCAGAGCUGUUUUCGACUGA